AUGGCCCUGCUGCACUUGGAAGGUGGCACGUUCACCUACACGUCAGAAUACACAACCAGGGCAGCAGCAUGGCAAUCACUCAGCAUGUGGGAAGACUUCAUCGACAUUCUCAAAGUCAACUACAGGACACUCGACCUGGACAAGGAUGCACAACAACAUCUGAAGGAGAUCUGCACAAAGACCUACCCUACCAUGGUCUUGUUCACAGUAAAGUUCCGUCAAUGGGCCACCAAAACCAACUUGGGGCACACAGCGCUCAUCAGUUAUAUUGCUGAACACUGCGAUAAGGAUGUGCAUCAAGCAAUGGUGAUACAAGACAGCCUAGAAAUCGCUGAUCCAACCACAUGGCCAGAGUAUCUCGACCUCUGUCUGCAACUCAAGUCAAAGUUCAGAGCUGACAAGGCAGGACAGCGCAGAACAACGUCAACAUCACAAAUGCCACGAGCCCUGAAAGAUCCUAACGCAAUGGUUGUGGAUCUAGUAUCCACACUUACUAAGGAGCAGGAAGGAUGGCUGGAGAAGAAGCUGUGCCACUGCCCAGACCCCAAGUAUAAAGGCAAAUUCGAAAUGCCAAAGCGAGGACAGGCAACAAGGGCAAUAACCACACCAGCGACAUCAAGCAGCUCCGAUGACAGCAAGGCAAGGGAGGAAGCAGUCCGUGCAUUUCUCGCCAGCUACGACAUGAAGGAUAAAGAGGCAGAACCGAAACCAGCUGUUGAAGCAGCAAGGAUCACGGAAGUGGAAAGUGAUGAGGAUUUUCUUUGGCAGGUUCUCUGA